AUGGAGGCCAACUCCUCUUCGACGGGCCACUUCGCUGCCCUCAUUGCCUUCGUGGUUCUGGUCUCUUUCCGAUAUUGUCGCCUUAUGGGGAAUCUCAUUGGUGCAGUAUGCUACCAUCCGUUCCCAAUUCCUGCCCACCCUGCCAUCACUCAUCGAGAUUGUACCGUCAUCAUGCCCAUCGUCGACCUCGACAACCCGCAUCUGGAGCAGUGUAUUCGCUCAAUCUUGAGCAACCGCGUCUAUGCACUCAUCCUCGUCACCGUGGGCAGAAAUCGCCGAAAUCGUCUCUACGAUGUCAUCCGUGAGCUUCGGCUUGAGUUCCCUAGUACCGGAAUUCACGUUGGUGCAGUGCCACAGGCUAACAAGCGCUCCCAGAUCGCACACGCCAUUCCGCAACUGACGACUGGUAUUACAAUCCUCGCCGACGAUCGUGUCUUCUGGCAUGAGCGGUUCUUGACUGCUGCACUCGCCCCCUUUACUAACGAGGCUGUUGGCGGCGUCUUUACGAACAGGCGUAUCCGCCGCGAGGCGACAGGAUUUAGUUGGAAUUCAUUCUGGGGUUUUAUUGAAAGUGUGUAUGUCUCGAGUCUCAACUACGAGACGCGAGCUACCAAUGCCAUCGACGGGUCUGUUAAGGUCAUCGAAGGCCAGACUGCCCUCUACCGCACAGAGAUCAUCCAAGCCCCGGAGUUUGUGGAGGCAUUCCAGAACGAGUGCUUCUUCUUUGGUAAGUAUGGACCUAUUGCCGCUGGCGAUGAUAACUUCAUCACUCAGUGGCUCAUCCAACACGAUUGGCACAUUGCGUUUCAGUCAACUACCAACUCAUGCGUUGAAGUCCCUACCCGCACCGCCUCGCAGUUCAUCGAUCACUGCGAUCGCCGAGGUCGGAACUCGUGGCGAUCCCACGCAACCAUGCUCUUCUGUACCCCGAAAGCGUGGAAGCGUUUUCCGUGGGGUGCCUACGCCAUUCACCUUUCGGGCCUCUUCAACUUGUCACUCUUCUGCGAUGCCGCUUUACUCACAUCCUUUGCGUUCACCUGGUAUGCAACGGAAGCACCGUGGAUGUUUGCAAUCCCCGCUGCAGGAAUCUUCCUAACCAAGCUGAUCAAGCCACUGCCAGUCUUGGUACAAAAUCCUCUGGACAUGUUCUUCAUUCCUGGACUCAUCAUGUUUGGGUACUUCCACACCCUCCUAGAGCUCAAGACUCUUUUCACCCUCUACGAUAGAAGGUGGGGUAGAUAUGGAGUAGCUGAUGUUGAGGAAGGCCCCGAUGACGAGAUCGGGUGGCUCUGGGGUGAGGGCCACGAGAUGCGGAUUCUACUCUCCUAG